UCUCCAGUGGGAGGUGUGCAGGAAGCGGCCAAUUGGUGGCGAUAAAAAUUAUAGAUAAAUCUCAGCUGGAUGCAGUGAACCUUGAGAAAAUCUACCGAGAAGUACAAAUAAUGAAAAUGUUAGACCAUCCUCACAUAAUCAAACUUUAUCAGGUAAUGGAGACCAAAAACAUGUUGUACCUUGUGACAGAAUAUGCAAAAAAUGGAGAAAUUUUUGACUAUCUUGCUAAUCACGGCCGGUUAAAUGAGCCUGAGGCCAGGCGCAAAUUCUGGCAAAUCCUGUCUGCUGUUGAUUAUUGUCACGGUCGGAAGAUUGUGCACCGUGACCUCAAGGCUGAAAAUCUCCUGCUGGAUAACAACAUGAAUAUCAAAAUAGCAGAUUUCGGUUUUGGAAAUUUCUUUAAAAGUGGUGAACUGCUGGCAACUUGGUGUGGCAGCCCCCCUUAUGCAGCCCCAGAAGUCUUUGAAGGGCAGCAGUAUGAAGGACCACAGCUGGAUAUUUGGAGCAUGGGAGUUGUUCUUUAUGUCCUUGUCUGUGGAGCUCUGCCUUUUGAUGGACCUACUCUUCCUAUUUUGAGGCAAAGAGUUUUGGAAGGAAGAUUCCGGAUUCCGUAUUUCAUGUCAGAAGAUUGUGAGCACCUUAUUCGAAGGAUGUUGGUCCUAGACCCGUCCAAAAGGCUAACCAUAGCUCAAAUCAAGGAGCAUAAAUGGAUGCUCAUAGAAGUUCCUGUACAGAGACCUGUUCUCUAUCCACAAGGCCAAGAAAAUGAGCCAUCCAUUGGGGAGUUUAAUGAACAGGUUCUGCGACUGAUGCACAGCCUUGGAAUAGAUCAGCAGAAAACCAUUGAGUCUUUGCAGAACAAGAGCUACAAUCACUUCGCUGCCAUUUAUUACUUGUUGGUGGAGCGCCUGAAAUCACAUAGGAGCAGUUUUCCUGUGGAGCAGAGGCUCGAUGCCCGCCAGCGGCGGCCCAGCACCAUUGCUGAACAAACAGUUGCCAAGGCACAAACUGUGGGUUUCCCAGUGACCAUGCAUUCGCCGAACAUGCGACUGAUGCGAUCUACCCUCCUCCCACAGGCAUCCAAUGUGGAGGCCUUUUCAUUUCCAGCGUCCAGCUGUCAGGCAGAAGCAGCAUUUAUGGAAGAAGAGUGUGUUGACACUCCAAAGGUCAAUGGCUGUCUGCUGGACCCUGUGCCGCCUGUCCUGGCGAGGAAGGGGUGCCAGUCCCUGCCCAGCAGCAUGAUGGAGACCUCCAUUGAUGAAGGGCUGGAGACAGAGGGAGAGGCCGAGGAAGACCCCAGCCAGGCCUUUGACGCGUUCCAGUCCACGCGUGGUGGGCAGAGACGGCACACUCUGUCCGAAGUGACCAAUCAGCUGGUCGUGGUGCCGGGUUCAGGGAAAGUUUUCUCCAUGAGUGACAACCCUUCCCUGGACAGUGUGGACUCUGAAUAUGACAUGGGUUCUGUUCAGAGGGACCUGAACUUUCUGGAGGACAACCCUUCCCUUAAAGACAUCAUGUUAGCCAACCAGCCCUCACCUCGCAUGGCAUCUCCCUUCAUAAGCCUGAGACCUGCCAAUCCAGCCAUGCAGGCCCUGACCGCCCAGAGAAGAGAGGCCCACAACAGGUCGCCCGUGAGCUUCAGGGAGGGCCGCAGGGCCUCAGACACCUCCCUCACCCAAGGCAUUGUAGCAUUUAGACAACAUCUUCAGAAUCUGGCUAGAACCAAAGGAAUCCUAGAGCUGAACAAAGUGCAGCUGCUGUAUGAACAAUUGGGGCCAGAGGCCGACCCCAGCCUGGCGUCAGCUGCUCCUCAGCUCCAGGACCUGGCUGGCAGCCGCCCUCAGGAGGAAGCUGUUCAGCAGCCGGAAGGCGUUCCUGCGCUGGCCACCAGCGUGCACCCACCGCUGUCCCCGCAGCAGAGCCUGGAGGCCCAGUACCUGCAGCACAGACUCCAGAAGCCCAGCCUUCUGUCAAAAGCCCAGAACACCUGUCAGCUGUAUUGUAAGGAGCCACCACGGAGCCUUGAACAGCAGCUGCAGGAACACAGACUCCAGCAGAAGCGACUCUUCCUCCAGAAGCAGUCUCAGCUGCAGGCAUACUUUAACCAGAUGCAGAUAGCAGAGAGCUCAUACCCACAACCCCACCAGGAGGCACCAUCGCCACCACAACAGCCUCCACCCUUCAGCCUGACGCAGCCCCUGAGCCCGGUCCUGGCGGCCUCUGAGCAAAUGCAGUACAGCCCCUUCCUCGGCCAGUACCCCGAGAUGCCGCUGCGGCCCCUGCCCUCCUCGCCCGGCCCUCAGGCGCACCUGCAGCAGCCGCCACCGCCUCCUCCGCCACCGCCGCCGCCACCACCACAGCAGUCGGGAGCUGCCCCAGCAACCUUACAGUUCUCCUAUCAGACUUGCGAGCUGCCAGGCACCGUCUCCCCUGAGCCAGAAUACCCCACUCCCCAUCAGUACCCCCUGGACGGAGCCCAGCAGGGCGGCGUGGCAGCGCCAGACUGUCCCAGGAGCUCGGGGCUGCAGGAGGACCCCUCCAGCUACGACCCGCUCGCCCUCCCUGAGUUCCCUGGGCUCUUUGAUUGUGAGAUGCUGGAGGCCGUGGACCCGCAGCACAGCGGCUACGUCCUGGUGAACUAGCCCGGCCCGGAAGCGGGACAGGUCCAGCGUAGGAAGCACGUGUGUUUUUACUUCUAUUUCAGCCUUUUACAUUUAAAGCUUAUUUUCUGUCCUCUCCCGAAAGGGGAGAACCAACUUGCCCAACUGGAAUCGGAGGCCUGGCCAGGUGGCUGUCGCUCCCUCCCGGCUCAGUCCCUCCCGGCUCCCGGUGGCCCACGCUGGCACACAGCUGUGCCAGGUGGAGCAAGCUCUCACGGAGACGCCGACAAACGUUUUAUAAGACACCCAGACCUCGGUUUUAUACAGAACUACACCAUGAUCAAAGGAGACUGGUGAACGCAGGGAGAUGUGGGGGGAAGAGGCCGUAUUUUUCACUGACACCAGGAGCAACAUGCUUAAAGGCACAGCAAGAUACAUAAUGAAUGUGAUGCACAGGACGUAAGGGAAGGCUAUGCUUUGUCGCCGAAGCAUAAGUUCUGAGCUGCUGAUGCACGUUGUCCCCAAGACCAUCGCCGAGCAUCGAGCGUGAGCUGUUCCAGGGGCCACUGCCAGCUGGUCCUAAGCCCUACGGCAGCGUCUCCCGGAGCAGCAUCGCCUCUUCAGAAGGCGCCAUGGGUCACAGACGCAGAGGGCUCGGGGCUCCGGAGAUGUCGCCUGGAGAACCCACAGGACCCACCACAGGGGGCUGGGCCGAGGAUCUCGAGGAGCCAUCGGCGCAGAGCCCUGGGCCAGGAAGGCGGGGGCUUCCCACAGAUCUGUGGGGACUUCCGGUCGGACAGUCAGCCUUUAGGGGACGGGACGUGGUGUCUCUUCAAAUGUAGUAACUACUUUGACUUCACACUAUAUUAUUGUUGCUAGUAGUUUACUGAGCUUUGUAUAUCCGGACAGUUUCAUAGAGGACUUAGACAUUUUAAGAACAAGAAGAAUGAACUUCUCUCUCCCAUGUGAAGUGGUAGUCCGUGCCUUUUCCCGGAUCACGCUUUAAUUAUUUCUUUUCUGUAGAAACCAAGUUUCCAUUCAUGUCAAUGCUAAAUCCAAAGUCACUUCAGUUUGUUUUCCACUGUGUGGGAAUCGCAUUCUUCAUUUCCUUAAAGUUUGACUUGUAAUGAAAUGUUAGAGUAUUACAGCAAUAUUCAAAACCACAGAUGUGUCAGCCACGGAAGCAAAUCAUCUGCCAAAGUCACUGUAUUACUAACAAAACUUAACCCUUGCAGUUCAUUCAUCAAAAUAAGUAAGAAAUAGAUGCUACAGCCCGUUAACUGUACCGAGUCACCUGUCAUUGGGACGGUCACAGCCAUGCAUUACAAGCUCAGUGUUAGUUAGAGGCUCCCUGCUCUCCUGUCAGCAGGCGAAUGCACUAGGCACAGCUUCCUUACAGCACGAGCGGAGCCACCACACAGCUGCGUCCGUGCGUCCAGGACACCUUUCCUCUUCGUAGUGUGUGUCCCGGGCGGGUGAGGAGGAGCCGGAGGGUCUGAGUCCUGUUCUGCCCCCACCUGCCCAGCCCCUCGCGGGCUGGUAACUUGAGCAGCCUUGUUCCCGGCUCCCCCUGGGUCCUGGACACUGCGUGGGGCCCUGGGCGUGGGCAGGACCUGGUCAGCAAGGGCGGCUGCAGGGAGGGCGGGCGGUUAUGUCUGUGAGGAGCACAGUGAAAGCAGGAGGACGCCUUCUGUUCCUCGGGGAUGGUUUGCCCCUCGUGCUUAAGAUUGAUGACGUCGUGAAAUAUUUCAUUUCAGAGAUCCUUCUGUUAAGGCUUCUAAUCUGUUUUAAGUCUUUGCAGAAUAUGCCAGUUAUAAAACAGGGCUUAAUUUUAGACUGAAGGAUGUUUUCCCAAAAUUAUUAUCGAAGUGCUGUAAUAUUUAUGAACCUUAAAUCCUUCCAUACUGAACUGGAACAAGCAGUGGGGGCUGCUCGUUUCAGUCACAGGAGAGGCGCAGUCACGGGAGAGGCGUGGUCACGGGAGGGGUGCGGUCACAGGCGGGCAGCAAGGCCAGGAGCCCGUUAGCCAGGACACCCCGGCUGUGCCAGGCAGUCAGGCCGACGGGGCCGGGGGGAGGGUGCAACAGAGAGGCUGUUGGAAGCCGAGGGACCCAGAGACAGACCUCAGCCAGCACCCAGCGGUGGCCAGGCCGUCGGGGACAGGCCCCCAUCUGGUGCAGUGGCCUGAGCUGGCCUCUGGGCCAGGGGUGUGAGCUCCUGUUCGCUUUUCCUUUUCUUGUGUAUUUCAAGCAGAAAUCAGCCCCAUGACCCUCUGUCUUCACUGACACAGGCUGGUGGGGAGACGGUCUGCAGCAGUCGGCGUUUCCCAGCCCUGCCCCCUCGGUGCUCCCCGCACAGACACUACGUGGCGCUGGGACGGCUCCUCGCUGCUGCCCGCUGACGGGGCUCCGGCCAUUGUAUGGGCAUCGUUGGCUUUGUUAGCGUGUGAACCAGGCUCCUCUGAAGAGACCUGGGGGAGAUGAACACGAGGUAAAAAUUUCAUUCAGCAAACAGUG